ACCCUUCUUCACCCCCAACAUUCACCACCCCGAACCAACUAAAACAAAGCCUCUUCUCCCAAACUCCAAUCAUGGGCAUUCUAGACAUUUCACCACCAUGUUUGAACCUGUACAAACUCGUCCUAACCUAUUUGUGUUCAACUGAAUCAGCUCCAACAAAUUCAGUUACUUUCACCAUGGCUACCAAACUCUAUGUUCUCACCAUCUUCAUCCUUCUCAUCAGCAUUGCCGGCAAUGCAGCCGCAGCAGAGUCACAACAAUGUGCGUCUAAAUCCAAAGGAGAAUGCCAUGACAAAGCACAAUCCCUAAAACUGAAGCUCAUUGCCAUAAGCUCUAUUCUAGUCACAAGCAUGAUUGGUAUCUGCUUACCCAUUCUUUCACGCAAAGUUUCGGCUCUUCAGCCCGACAAAGACUUGUUCGUAGUUGUCAAAGCAUUUGCCUCCGGCGUCAUUCUUGCAACGGGUUACAUGCACGUUUUACCCGACUCGUUUGAUUGCUUGAGAUCCGAAUGUCUGCCUGAAUCGCCUUGGAGGAAGUUCCCAUUCACAACGUUUGUGGCUAUGCUUUCGGCUUUGCUGGCUAUGAUGGUCGACUCGUUUUCGAUGAGUUACUCUAGGAAAUCUUUCCUUCGCAGAGCCGCCGCGCGCGAGGAAGAUGAGGAGAGUGCUAAAAAUAGUAGGUGCCCUGAUCAAUUAGAGCAUUUUGGUCAUGGCCAUGGGAUUAAGACUGAGGAUGGGCUCAAUGGUAAGGAUUCACAGUUGCUGAAGCAUCGUGUUGUCGCGCAGGUAUUGGAACUAGGGAUCGUAGUGCACUCGGUAGUGAUUGGAUUGUCAAUGGGGGCAUCUGAUAAUCCAUGCACAAUGAGACCACUCAUUGCUGCCAUUUGUUUCCAUCAAUUCUUUGAAGGAAUGGGUCUAGGUGGAUGCAUACUACAGACUGAAUAUGGGAGCAAGAUUAAGGCAGUAAUGGUGUUCUUCUUCUCAACCACAACACCGUUUGGGAUUGCACUAGGAAUCGCUCUGUCGAAUGUAUACAGCGACCACAGUCCAACAGCUCUAAUUGUUGUAGGGCUGCUAGAUGCUGCAUCUGCAGGGCUACUAAACUACAUGGCACUGGUUGAUCUCCUAGCAGCUGAUUUCAUGGGUCGUAAACUGCAGGCAAAUGUGAAGCUCCAAACAUGGUCUUGCAUUGCAGUUCUAUUAGGUAUAGGAGGGAUGUCAUUAAUGGCCAAAUGGGCAUAAAAAUUUAGCCGUAGCAGUUCAACAAUAAUGUCAGAUGGAUUAAGAAGCCAGAUAGGAUUGUGCUGCUUUUUGUAGUGACUGUUUGGAAUGUAGA